AAGAACAAGAAUCAUUUUCUCUAUAUACUGCAUCUUUUCAUUCCCAAACUUAUAUAACCCUUUCCAUAUCAGUUCAUCUCAAAAAAUGCUGAUAUUUGAAUGUUGGUUGCUUCUGCAGAAAAUGGAUUUUCUUGGAAUUUUUCUUGUGUCUUCUCUUGCCAUGUUGAAGACAAUUCAUGGAUAUGGAGGAUGGUCUAAUGCUCAUGCUACCUUCUAUGGAGGAGGUGCUUCUGGUACAAUGGGAGGAGCAUGUGGCUAUGGAAAUCUCUAUAGCCAAGGUUAUGGCACAAGCACUGCUGCAUUGAGUACUGUCCUAUUCAACCAAGGGCUGACUUGUGGGGCAUGCUUUGAAAUCAAAUGUAUUAAUGACAAUAGGUGGUGUCUCCCAGGAUCCAUCAUAGUCACAGCAACGAACUUCUGCCCUCCAAACAAUGCUCUCCCAAAUAAUGCAGGAGGAUGGUGUAACCCUCCUUUAAGACACUUUGAUCUCUCCCAACCUGUUUUCCAACAUAUAGCUCAAUAUAAAGCAGGAAUAGUGCCUGUUCAGUACAGAAGGGUUGCUUGUGGGAAAUCUGGUGGGAUGAGGUUUACCAUAAAUGGCCAUUCAUACUUCAACCUUGUUCUGAUAACCAAUGUUGGAGGGGCCGGAGAUGUGGUGUCUGUCUCGAUCAAAGGGUCUAGAACCGGUUGGCAAGUGAUGUCUCGCAAUUGGGGCCAAAACUGGCAAAGCAACUCUUACUUGAAUGGUCAAGCCCUCUCUUUUAAGGUCACAACAAGUGAUGGCCGCUCUGUCAUCUCCAACAAUGCGGCUCCUCCCAAUUGGUCAUUUGGCCAAACCUUCACAGGAGGUCAAUUCUAGUUUGUUUCAUCUCACCCCCAAAACUAACCAAAACCACCUUAAAAAUUUGACUCCUCCCAACAAGUCCAAGCCCCAGGGCCCAUAAAACUAUUAACCAAGUAGUAGUUUUCUAGUUAGAUGUACCUGAUAUGAAUACUAUUUAUAGUGCUAUCUAAAGUUUGUAAUACAAGGACAAAAUUUGUCACCAUGGGGUCCUUUUUAUAAAUGCCCUGAAUGCUGUUAUUAUGUUUCUUUUUCUGUUUUUUCUUUUACCAAAGUUUUUUGGGGAUGAAUGUUCUGUUGUGGAAUUUGAUGGAAGAUCUAUCAGAAGUUUGUGAGUUUGGUCUCUGUGGUUGAGACCUGUCUAAUUCUUAGUCUCUGUUGUAUGAGGUUAGAGUGUUUCUAGCUUUUCCAGCCAGGAUUGAUAUUUUUAUGUAAUCUCUUUGGAGUGGAAUGUUCUUCGCAGACAUCAGUUGUAUUGUACUAUAAGGUUUACCAUUAAUGAUAUAGCUUCAAUUUUCUUUGAAGUUCAGUUUACAGUCCAUUAUUUGCUUAUUAAGUGUUUUCAGAUGGACAUGAAACUCUGAAAGUUGGAAAGGUUUUGGGGCCAUCACUUCUUUCAUUGCGCACUUCCAUCCAUUGAUGCAGAGAUUCGUCUCCGAUGACUUCCAAAGGAGAAGUGAGAGACAUGUUUAGUCACAAUCCCACAUUUACAAGACGUGAAGCGACUGGGCGUCAAGCUGCCUAUAAAAUAAGCGGGCUUGGGAGGGCCUAAGCAUACCUUUCUCGGCCUUUUGGCUAAGAUCAAGUGUAGUAUCUGUUCUUAUCAGUUUAAUAUCUGAUACGUGGGCCAUCGGUCCACAUGAUAUUAAAUUAAUUUUUUAAAGGGGGAGAGCCCACCACGGUAGCUGGCUGCUGGGGUUCUCGUGCGUCGCCCAAGUGUUGCACUACUGCUCGGGCCUGGCGCACCC